AUGGAACACGUCAAGAAUCUACUCAAGAUGUCUAUCAACGCCCGAAGCCCCCCGUCGUCGAGGAGGGCGAUCGAGACAAUCGUCAAAAUGACCGGGCGAAAAUGCGUCAUCCCGAAAGCGAAGAACUUGGCUUUUUUGGUGUCCUGCACGAAAAGCUUCAAUGUGCCCCUGUUCCGGAUCGCCAAUGCCCUGAAGACGAGGACCGGACAUUCAGACUGUGUCGUUGUGCUCAAGGCUUUGGUCUUCGUCCAUCACCUGAUGUGCUUCGGGAGUGAAGAUUUCGCGCGAUAUCUGGGCUUAUCUGGCUGCACCUUCACCCGCAAUCCGAAGAUGCGUCUCCCGGAACAAUGCACGAUGGGAGUCUUUAUUGACAAUUACAUGGAGUACCUCAACGGGCGGCUACGUUCGAAACGCGACCUCUCUCUCGAUUUCUCUUGUGAUUUUCUGCAGGAAUCUUCAGUAGAUGCAACGAGUUUGCGCAUGGACGAAGCUCUCCGAACGAUAAAGUCGGUCCAAUGUCAAUUGAGCACCCUCCUACAAUUUGCCAAAGCAUCGAAGAGCGAUUUCUGCGAUCCGAUCGUAUCCUUCGCCUUCAGUCACAUUUUCGAAGACCUCAUCAACUUGUUUCGAUACCAGACAGUGCUCAUGAUGAGACUACUGAAUGGGUUCCACGCCUCGGAUCUCGGCGUUCGCGAGGACAUCCUCCGUUGCUUGCGAAGCUAUGAGGGAACGAUCGAGCGCAUUCGAAGCUUUGAGUUCAUUACUGACGUCAUCGAUCAAUACAUCAAUUUCGAGCAUAUAUCGGAUGGGUUUUCUGCCGAACUUUCGAAGAGCGAUCCGGGAAGGCUUCGAGACUCGAGUUGGUCUCGGGAACAUCCGAAUUCAUCGCGCGAGGAUCUUCUCAACCAAGCUGCUCUGCGCUCGAAAAUUUUGGCCUCUCCCGAAGAAGUACCAUUUGAGGAGAAUCUUAUUGUUUUCGACGACACCAAUCAGGGGGACGGGUCCUGCUCCGCUGGUGGGCGACGUCUCUUGUACUCUGAUUGCAAAUGA